GAAAUGAGAUCUCAGCCGUCCAUUCUACUAAAAAUAAAAAAACCCUAUCAUCGUCGUAUCGGAUUCUGUUAUUCCCACUCCAAAAAGAAAGGUGGAGGCUUUUUUGGCCCUUUUCCAUCCUCACCUUCCCGGAAAAAUCUCUCACAGGAAGUCUUCAAAGCUUUAUUAGGGAUUUGAAAAUGGCAGACGAGGAGACGAUGGUAAACGGCGUCGCGUUGGAGGAGAAUGAGGAUAAGACUGCAGAGAACGAAACCAAACUCAGUCAGAAGAUCGAGGCAUUAGAGAAUGAGAAGAUCUUACUGGUGAAGGAAAAUGAAGGAGUCAAAGAUCAGGUGGUGAAAUUGACGGCUGAGAUUGAAUUACUGAGAUCAAAAGAAUCAGAUGCAGAAGCGCAAAAGAAAGCGCUAGAUGCGGUGGCUGCAAGAGCAUCACAGCUUGAAACGGAAGUUUCUAGGCUGCAACACGACUUGAUCUCGGCUAUGAGUGCAGAAGAUGAAGCCAAUAACGAAAUAAGAGAACUCAAGAAAAUAAUUGGAGAAAAAGAAACGGAUAUUGAAGAGGUAAAGAAAGAGAAAGUGGAGAUUGAAAGGAAAGUUAGGGAAUUAGAGAGAAAGAUUGGAGUCCUUGAAGUGAAAGAAAUUGAAGAAAGGAGUAAGAGAGUGAGAAUUGAGGAAGAAAUGAGAGAGAAGAUUGACGAGAAAGAGAAGGAAGUGUUUGCUUACAAGAACAAGUUUCUUGAGCUUGAGAAUAAUUCUGCAAAAAAAUUGGAAAAAUCUGAGGAGAGAGCGAGGGAAAUUGAAGGAAAAGUGGCAGAGAUGCAGAAGAAGUUAGAGGAAACGGAGAAAAUGAAAGAGAGGAGUUUGGAAGGUGUUAAUGGAAUUGGAGGUGAGAGUACAGAGAAGGAGUAUAAGAAGAUGAUGGAUUGGCCUGUGAUUGCGUUAGGAUCAACAGGUGCCAUUGUUGCUGCACUUGCUGUGGGUUAUGUUUGCUGUGCCAGGCGGUCGUGAUUCUUGAGCUUGACACUAGGGUUCUUUAUUCAAUAUCAGGCAAUAUGUUUCAAUUUUGUCAGGUGAUGGCGGUAUGCCAUUUUCAGCUUGGUUUUGUUUUUUAAGCUUAAUGUUUAAAAGUUUUGGCUUACUUUGCUUUUUGUUGGGAGUGCCAGAUUAUCGAAUUACUACCUAUAGAGGAGUUAAUUACUUUUGAAUGGUUUAGUGCAGCUAUUAGGCACACCAUUGACACUCAUUCAAUGUGUUUGUUUGCCCUUUAAUUUUGAACAUAGUUGAAGCCUAAAGGUAUACUGCA